GACAUGUUAACAUGCUCUAGGAUGUCUAGCCCUUCGAGGCAGAUAAAGUGUGUUGUUGUCGGAGAUGGAACUGUUGGUAAAACCUGUAUGCUUAUUUCCUAUACCACUGACUCAUUUCCUGUACAGUAUGUGCCUACAGUCUUUGACAACUACUCAGCUCAAAUGACACUGGAUAAUCAUACUGUUAACCUCGGUUUGUGGGAUACUGCUGGUCAGGAGGAUUAUGAUCGAUUAAGACCGCUGAGUUAUCCCCAAACAGACGUUUUCGUUCUCUGCUUCAGCAUUGUCUCCCCUGUUUCGUUUGACAACGUAGCGACCAAAUGGAUUCCAGAGAUACGUCAACACUGCCCAGACGCGCCUAUCCUUCUUGUUGGUACAAAGUUGGACCUACGAGAUGAGGCAAAUCCUAAAUCCACUGGCUCUGAGGAUAGGCCACCUAUAACGAAAAGCCAGGGACAGAAAUGGCCUCAAACAAGUGUUCGAGGACGCCGUUCGAGCUGUUAUAAAUCCGAAGCCACUCAAGCAGAAGAAAUCAUGCACAUUGCUCUAAUCCAACUCUUUAAAAGUGCACUGAAACCGGUUUAUGGUGUUUAGGAUGAUGGGUGAUGCUCGGCGGACCAAACACUGCGCGAACUAGUCCCUUGACCUAAACUGCAACUUUGCUACGAUUUAAAUUCAUCUUCUCCUUGAAUCACAGCAUUUCAAAUUUUAGUUUGACCGACUUUAUCAUCGAUUUCAUUACUGUAUACUUUGUAAUUAUAUAUGUAAAUGUUUGUUAAUGUCUUUUUUUUACCGUUGUUUCACUCAUCUGUGUUAUCCAUCGAUAAUGUAACGUCAUAAUAUACUGAUUGCCAGUAGAGAAUGGCCUACUGUGUUGUUAUGUGCCAUGAGAGGCAAAGAUUCUGAUCUAAAUGAUGUUUAUUCUCCCACACUUCUCGUCAAACGUUCAUGUUCGCGUCGU